AUGCAACCAAUGGGCAAAACAUGUGACAAAAUCGACCCAUCGUGCGACACACCUUCGAACGAUCACACCCAAGUAUGCGAUGACAAAAAUAGUGUUUGCUAUUCAUGGUUUCAUCGUGGCAUUGAAACAAAUGUUCAGCGUGGCUGUAUGUCGACGAUCUCGGCUGAAUACAAACUAAUUCAAGAAAAGAUCAGUCAUCGAAACGGGGGUUGCAUCAAACGUAUGCGCACAUUCGAUUGCUUUAUGUUUUGUUCCCAAGAUCAAACAAAUUUGCCGAAACAUGCUCCUCGUAACGCGAAUUAUAUUCCAGCUGGAAUGAAAAGAUUGAAUUUCACGAUUUUAGAAGAUAGUCAUCUGAUUCGUUCUAUCAUGUUAGACAAUGCGCGAGCAGUAAAUCAGUAUGCAAAAGAGAUAUUAAAGCGAGGCAUCUAUGUCAUCGAUUUCAGUUAUCCUCUUGUAUCUGAAUAA